AUGGAGGGCGCUAUAUUAUUAGCUCGCCAGAACGGGGGCUCGUCCCCCGCGGACCAGUUUCUGAGCCUCAUCCAGAAUCCAUUCAGUUCUGCUUUCCAACUCAAUGCUUUCUGGGCGUCGUUUGGCACAUCCAUAGGACUGACCCUUCUUCUCGCCGCGAUAUUCUCCCUAUUUCGUCCCCGCAACUCCCUCGUUUAUGCUCCCAAACUCAAGCAUGCGGACCGGAAACAUGCCCCCCCUCCCCUGGGCAAAGGUCUGUUGGCCUGGCUCACUCCUGUCCUAAAAACGACGGAAAGCCAGCUCGUUGAUUGCAUUGGCCUCGAUGCCACAGUGUUCCUCCGCUUCACCAGAAUGUGCCGGAACAUGUUUCUGGUUACAAGUAUCAUUGGCUGCUUCAUCAUGAUUCCUGUCAAUGUCUCUCAGAGUAACACAUCGAGAGUGCCGGGUCUCAAUACCUUCGUGACCAUGACCCCACAGUUUAUCUCUACCAGGGCCAUAUGGAGCCAUGUCGUUUGUGCCUGGGUAUUUGAUAUUAUCGUUGCCUACUUCCUCUGGCGCAAUUACAAGGCCAUCUCUGCUCUAAGGAGACAUUAUUUUCAAAGCUCUGAGUAUCAGAAAAGUCUCCAUGCCAGAACUAUUCUGGUCAGGCAUAUACCACCAGAUUACAGAACGGAUGAGGGCCUUCUGCGCUUGACAGACGAGAUCAACGUGACACCUUCAGUACCCCGAACCUCGACCGGCCGCAACAUGAAGCACCUGCCAAAGCUGAUAGCAGAACAUGAGAAGACGGUCAGACAGCUUGAAGCAGUACUAGCCAAGUAUUUUAAAGAUCCAGACCGACUCCCCUCGAGACGACCUACUUGUCGUCCAUCGAGAAAAUAUCAGGAGGAGCAUGGCUCAAACAAAGUCGACGCGAUUGACUACCUCACCGAUCGCAUUAGGGACCUCGAAGUUGAAAUCAAGCAUGUUCGCGGAUCGAUUGAUACCCUCAACGCCAUGCCGUACGGAUUCGCUAGCUGGGAAUCAAUCGAAAAUGCCCAUGCGGUGGCUUACGCUGCCCGAAACAAGCAUCCGCAUGGCACGACGAUCACUCUAGCGCCACGACCCAACGAUAUCAUCUGGGAUAAUUUGUCCCUGACCCACAAAAGCCUGAAAUGGGAAACGCUGCAUCAACUUCAUCUGGUCGACCGUGCUGACCGUGUUGUGGAUCGCGCCUAA